UGAAUUUCAGACCUAUUUUAAAGGCGGUUUUAGACCUCCUAAUUAUAAUUCUAAGUUAUAUGGACCAGUCUUUCCCUUUUAAAUUUGCUCUUGUGCGUUACUGUGAUAUCUUUAUCCGUCAAAGACAGUUAGAUUUACCACUGGGUAAGAAAUUUCGGACUAGGCUACUAUUAUAAUCAAAUAAAUCAGAUUAAGCAAAAUCUAUUUCGCGUCAAAUCACGCGUGACUAAUCAAUAAAAACGCCUCUUGUCAAAUCAAUCACAUGACUCUAAGUCAUAUGACUACAAUCGCAGAACCAUUUUCAAACUUUGGAAGAAAUAAAGAAAUCACCAUGUUAUUAGUAGUAUUAUCAACAAUUUUAGUGGUAACCACUGCCUUACCCAGCAGUGUGCAAUGGAUGAAGAUUAACCCAGCUGAACAUAUCAAGGAAGUGAAAGAUUUAAAAGCUCCUACUAGUUUCCAUCCAUAUGAUGAGUCAUGGACUGCAUUUAAAAAUGAGCAUAAUAAAGUAUAUACAAAUGAUGAAGAAGGCAAGAGAUUUAAUAUAUUCAUGGAAAAUGUCAAAAUGAUUGAAUAUCAUAAUCAGUUAUAUCAUGAUGGUAAAAAAUCCUAUUAUUUAGGUGUGAAUGCUUUUGCUGAUAUGCAAUUUGAUGAAUUUAAGAAAUUGAAUGGUUUUAAACAAAGAAAGGAGGGUGAUGAUCCAUCUCAAUGUUCAACAUAUUUAAAAGGUGAAUUAGUUACAGUACCUGAUGAGGUUGAUUGGAGAGAGAAAGGAUAUGUUACACCAGUUAAAAAUCAGGGGCAAUGUGGAUCUUGUUGGUCAUUCAGUACAACUGGCUCAUUAGAAGGACAAUAUUUCCACAAGAAAGGUAAAUUGGUAUCAUUUAGUGAACAACAAUUAGUCGACUGUUCUGCUAAAUUUGGUAAUGAAGGUUGUAAUGGUGGAUUAAUGGACAAUGCCUUCCAUUACAUACAAAAAUACGGUCUUGAAACUGAAGAUGAAUAUCCAUAUGAAGCUAAGGUGGAAUUUAGAUGUCAUUACAACAAAUCUGAGGUAGUUGGUGACUGUACUGGUUGUGUUGAUGUUUCUAGUGGUGAUGAAGAUGCUUUAAAACAAGCUGUUGGUAGUGUAGGACCAGUAUCUAUAGCUAUUGAUGCUAGUCACCAAUCAUUCCAGUUAUAUCAAGGUGGUGUAUAUGAUGAACCAGAAUGUAGCAGUACACAACUUGAUCAUGGUGUAUUAAUAGCUGGCUAUGGUAAAUUAGACGGUAGUGAUUAUUGGUUGGUUAAAAAUAGUUGGGGUACUGGCUGGGGUAAAGAUGGCUAUGUAUACAUGUCCAGGAACAAGGAAAACCAAUGUGGUGUAGCUACACAAGCUAGCUAUCCUCUAGUUUAAUUUUCUAGCCAUUCCACCACUGUUGUCCAAUAUGUGAUACCUUCAACUUUAAUUUUAUCAUUUGUACAUAAACAUUCUGAUUUUUUAUCAAUUUGCUUUUGAAAUCAGUUUAUAUCAAUAUAUGUUACGUAGGGCAAAAGAAAGAAAAUUGGUUGUACUUAUUUCUUGAUAUGCUCAAAAAAGUAUAAGAUUUUAAAAACAAUUUGCCUUUAAUGAAUCUGAUCUACCUUGAUAUCCGUCUUGAAUAUCACUGAUGUUUGUACUUCAAUCUCAUUUUUGUUUUUAAAUGAAUUUGUGAAUGUUUUUUUUUAAAAAAUAAAUGUUUUAAACCAUUA